AUGUUCAGUAUCAAGGCGCGUGCUAUCGCCCUCAGCCUGAUGGUGUCCCUAGGGACAGCCGAUACAGCUGGCUUGGGCCUCGGAGAGGUCGAUCUGAUUUUCCCACGAAACGAGACCUUUGCGCCGAUGACAAUCACGCCCAUUGUCUUUGGGAUUCAGAACCCCGCGGUCAUUGACGGACUCUACCCAACUCUCAGCUACGGCCUCUGGUCGGCGGAUACCCCACCAAGCAAUCAAACGCACAUGACAUAUCUGGCCGAGGAGCACUUGCCCAAUAAGACGGGCCCUGUGUCAUUCCUAAUCGAUAGUAUAGCCAAUACCCUCAACACUGAGAAUGAAUGGCGAUUCGUCUGGAGACUGAGAUGGACAAAUUGCUCGACACCGGAUAAUGGGACCACUUCCGAAAAUGGCCGCGGGCUAGUCGAAACCGAUGACUUCUCUUGGAGACCGUAUGAGGUUGCCCAUUCUGUGCUUUUCACCACGAAAAAGGGGGCAACUCAGCUCAAUCUCACCGCUCUCACUGCCGAUGACAAGUGUGAUGACGCCCAGGCCCUGGCAUUCCACGCCACUAAAACUCUGAAAGCACCACCGAGCAAUCUUUGGGGCGAAAAAUGCGCCGUACUGAAGAGUCCUUCACCUACUCCUACUCCUUGCAAGGCCAGUAUUGCGCCUGCGGCUGCCUCAAGCAUGUCGUCUUCCCUUACCGCGAGAUAUUGCAUGGACCCUACCCCUGUCAUAAGCUGCCCAGCCAAGAAGGGUGGGGCUUCUAUCAACGAGGCGACAUCUCACUUGAGAUGGUGGGUUGCCGGUGUAUUGCUUGUUGGAAAGCUUUUCGUUUGA